AUGGAGACUGCUCGGCAAAAUCACGCUUGUGCACGAUGUUCUGAGCGGAAAGUCAAAUGUGACCGGAAACGUCCCUGUGAAGCAUGUGUCCGACUCGACCUGGACUGUGCUUUUCUGCCUCUGCCGCCACGCAACCGGCGGAGACGCCCAAACAAAGCAAACGUCCAGAUCCAGGCCCUCGCUGGACAGCUGCGCGAGUAUGAAGCCUGGUUUCGCGAGAGAGGCAUCGAUCCAGAGUCUUUGCCCGUCAAUAUUCCGCGACAACUUGAGAGCGAACCGUCUGAAAAGAAGCCACUCCCCACAGCACAGUCGACACAGCCAGCGCAGUCGAUACAAUCGACACCGUCUGGAGCCAGCCCAGGCCGUCUUAGGCUUGCCAACAAGUGUGUCGUCGUUUCUGUCUUCACAAUUCUGUCUCGCGUUGCUGACAACAACAGUGUGUUGUGGACUCGAGUCAUUGAAGAGUUUGAACCCCACGACGACCUAAACAUCACCCAUGAUGGCUCCAGUGACGAUGAAGUGGAGGUUCGCUUGAAGGGCACGCCCGGCAACAUCGGCGUCGGCCCAUCAUUCAUUUUUGCAAAUCGCCGGUCACCGCAUGGGUAUCGCCCCGAGCAUCCUCCUAUCGAUAUAUCUUGUCGACUGUGGCAGGUCUACUGCGAGAACGUCGACCCUCUGACCAAGAUACUGCAUGUGCCCACCGUCAAGCAUGCCAUGGAGAACGCCUUCCGAGACACGCCCACGGUUCCACGUGCUUUCGAGGCUCUCCUUUUUGCCGUCUACGCGGCGGCCGUAAUGUCCCAGCGAGAGGACGACUGCUCCAAGACACUGGGCGAGCCACGAUCCGUCCUGCUCCCCCGCUACCUUGCUGCCACUGAGACGGCCCUCAUGCGAGCCAAUGUGCUCGGCACCACCGAUAUCAUUGUCCUGCAGGCACUCCUCCUCUACCUCCUCGCCGUGCGCGAUCUGCACGAGCCACGUGCCGUGUGGACGCUGACCGGCGUGGCCAUACGCCUGGCUGAGGGCAUGGGGCUGGAUCGUGAUGGCUUGCGAGAGUCGCCGCCCCUGCCGCCCUUUGAUGUUGAGAUGCGCCGCCGGCUGUGGUGGCAGCUGCGGGUGCACGACUUUCGCACUGCCGAGCUCUGUGGCCGGCCCAAGUUCCAGGAUUUGGACGUGGACAGUACCCUGACAGCAGGAUCCACGGCCGCUCUGGCGACACAGUGGCCGGCCAAUGUCGAUGACGCUGCCCUCGGCCCGGCCAUGGCGGGAAGCCCCCUCCCGCCGUUGGGCGAGGCACCGUCUGCCACGGACGCCGUAUUUGUCGCCGUCAAGUGCGAGCUGCCGCGGUUCACGGCCGCACGGCUGAGUGCCCUGCGCCGGCAGCAGCUGCCGGGUCCAAGUACGAACCCCUGGCGUUUGUACACCACCAGCGCCCUCGACAACGACUUUGCCGACAUUGAAGCCCGCCUCGAGACGCGCUACCUCCGCUACUGCGACCCGUCCAAGCCGCUGCAUCUCAUGGCUACCCUCAUGGCCCGCUGUGCCAUCAACAUCCUGCGCUUCAUGACACGCCAUACACGACGGUGGACAGGCCGUGGUGGUGCGGGCGAUGCACAAAACAAGGAAGAACGCGCCGUCGUAUGGCGUCUCUGUCUGGCCAUUCUGGACCAGCAGCACAUGCUCCAGUCCAAUCCUCACCUGCGCAACUUUGCCUGGCAUGCGCCCUUUUUUCAGCAGUGGCACGCCAUCAUCCACGUGCUGGACACCUUGAGGGCCGAGCCUGGCAUCGAGCAGGCAGCCAGGACUUGGGAUCUUGUCGAGAAGACGUACACAAACAACCCGGAGAUGCUGUCGGGGCAGAGCAACAGACCCAUUCACGCCGCCGUUGGCAACCUCUGUCUGAAAGCGUUUGCUCAGCAUGAAGCUGUGGCGGCCAUGGGCUCCACCGUGCCGGCCUAUGUCGUGCAGCUGAGAAAGUCGAGGGAAACGGCGGCAAGGCUGGCUAAAGCACGGGAAUCAAAGGCACAACAGACGGUGCAGACAGACAAGAGUAGUAGCAUGGUCGACGACCGAACGACGGCAGCAGAAGGCAAUGCGCCGACUGGUGAUGUCGAGAUAGGCAACCUUGACCCCUUGGUCGACAUGGACAUCGAUUCGACAGUCAGUGUGGACUGGAACCAGUGGGACACGUGGCUGGCCGGGGCUGGUGUCUGA